AUGCUGAUCCCGACUGAUACCGAUGGUUCACCCAAAGCAUCAAGCACUUCUAGUCAAGCGUUUGGUCCGACUGAUAAGCCCAGUCCAGAGAUUCCUGACGAAGACUGGCAAGAAAUAAUAGGUAUAAUUAGUUCAAAAAUUUAUCGCCAUGGCCAACAUCAACCAAUUGAUGUAGUUGAUCCAAGUACUUCCAAACGAGGUCGAAAACGACCAGCUGAUCAACCCAGUCCAAACACUCCUAAACGAAGUCGAAAACGACCAGCUGAUCAACCCAGUCCAAGCACUUCCAGCCAAGACCAGCAACAACCAAUGGACCAACCCAUUCCAAACACUUCUGAUGAAUAUUGGAAAUCCAUAAUGAAUGAAAUCCGUUUAACCACUCCUGAAGACUGGAAAGAAAUAGUUGAUGCAGUCAAUUCACAAAUCUAUGACCAAGACCAGCAACAAACAAUUGAUGUAGUUGAUCCGAGCACUCCUAAACGAGGUCGAAAACGACCAAUUGAUGUAGUUGAUCCAAACACUUCCAAACGAGGUCGAAAACGGCCAGCUGAUCAACCCAGUCCAAGCACUUCCAGACAAGACCAGCAACAACCAAUGGACCAACCCAUUCCAAGUACUUCCAGACAAGACCAGCAACAACCAAUGAACGAAGACGAGUCUGCCAAUACUGUUCCAAAUCAAGUGACUGUAUUAAGCCAAAGAUAUCAGAGAACCUUUAAUCGUAUAAAACAAAGGUUUGAAUUGUCUAAAAUAGUACAAAAGAAAAAACGCAAAGAAUAUCGUGAAUAUGCAAACCUCAAAUUCAGUCAGCAGUUAGCGUUAGCAAUGGGCAAAGAAAUAUCUGAACCAAUGCACAAUCCGGACACUGAAAAGCGAUUGAAAGAAAAUACUUUGAUCAAAAGUCAUCAUCACACUGUAACGGACGCUCAGAUCAAUGUAGACCGAAUGGCUCAUCAUGUAUUUAGCGAUUUAGAUGUUCUUGGUAAAGUGAUGGUAAAACAGCACACAUUACAGCAUAAAUUGUAUCAAAUGGUAAUGAGUGCCGAUGUAGACGCCAAAUAUGUUGAAUAUAUCAUACUAUGA